AUGAGUAACUUGCAGAAAAGAAGCAAAGAUAAGUUCGAAGGCAAAAAACGUGCCUUGCAAAUUGAACAGGAGAAUGCUAUUCUCAAAAAGCUUGGGUUUGAAAAAUAUGAACACGGUGGUUCACGCCUGGGCUGGCUGAUUAAUAUGAGUAAGACCUCCUUGCCAAGUAAACGGCAUAAAUCCGGUAAAUCCGCCGUCGACUUAUUUUUCAUUGAGCCCAAAGGAGAGAAAGGAGAGGUCAAGUCCUACUUUAGUUGUACUGUAGAAUACAAUCCUUAUUUUUAUGUACAAAGUCAGCCAGGGAAAGAAAACGAAGUGAUAGAGUAUUUGAGGAGGACGUACGAUCAACACAUAUACAAGAGUUCUAUCGUCUCCAAACAAGACCUAAAGAAGGCGAAUCAUUUGAUUGAUGGAAAACGGGAUUAUGUUAAGCUUGAAUUUUGGAAUGUUCCAGAUUUGUUAUUUGUUAGAAAUAAAUUAUUGCGCAUCGCGAAAGAGAAUCAAAAGAAAUUGGAUGCCAUUAACGUUUAUAAGGAUCAUGCAAGUACACAUGGAAAAAAAUAUAAAGAAUCUGAAUCACUUGAUGAAUCUGCAAACUUUAUAAUCGACGUUCGAGAAUGUGAUAUACCUUACUAUCAACGUGUCGCGAUGGAUCUAGAUAUUAGAGUUGGGCAGUGGUACGUUGUCACUGCCGUUCCUCAGGAUGAUGGGGUUCAAGUUUCAUUGCGACAUCGAGAGGAUUUAAAGCACCGUAUUGAACCAGUUAUACUCGCCUUUGAUAUCGAAACAACAAAGAAACCGCUCAACUUUCCUGAUAAAAACCAAGAUUUUAUUAUGAUGAUUUCAUUUAUGGUCAAUGGGAAGGGGUUUCUCAUCACGAAUCGUGACAUUGUUUCUGAAGAUAUUGAGGAAAUUGAAUAUUCUCCUUAUGCACAAUACGCAAGUCUUUUUCAUAUAUUUAAUGAACAAAAUGAGGAAGCUGUCAUCAAACGUUUUUUCAAUCAAAUUCGUGCGGAAAGACCAACAAUCAUCACAACUUAUAACGGAGACACUUUCGAUUGGCCAUUUGUCGAAAAGCGGGCGGAAAUUUAUGGAAUCGACAUGCAUAAAGAAAUUGGAUUCAAGGGGAAUAGAGGAAAUAAUGACGAUGAUGAAUAUACGAGCAAGCAUUGUGUGCACAUUGAUUGUCUUUACUGGGUUAAAAGGGAUAGUUAUCUUCCUAUCGGUAGUCAGGGUCUGAAACGUGUAACCGAAGCAAAGUUAGGUUAUAAUCCUGACGAAUUGGAUCCCGAAGUUAUGACUGAAUAUGCAAGAGAUCAUCCACAGACGUUGGCACGCUACUCUGUCUCUGACGCUGUGGCUACGUAUUAUCUUUAUCUUAAGUAUAUUCAUCCGUUCAUCUUUUCACUUUGCAACAUUAUUCCAAUGAAUCCCGACGACAUUCUCAGAAAAGGCACCGGAACUCUAUCGUAUCGAGCCAACAUAAUCAUGCCAAAUAAACAUGAAGAUCAUGAAGAAAGAUUCUAUAAGGAUCAUCCUCUUCAAGAUGAGACAUAUGUGGGUGGUCAUGUUGACGCCUUAGAGGCCGGGAUAUUUAGAUCAGAUAUACCUGUGAACUUUACCAUUGACCCUCAAGCAAUUCAGAAACUAAUAUCCGAAGUAGAUGACAUUCUGAAGUUUUCGAUUUGGGAGACGUUUAGGGAAACCGAUGAGAACUUAAAAAAUACUGCUUUUAGAAUUCACGACCAAACUCUAUACGAAAUCAUAUCUGAGAAAUUGAACGAAAUAACAAAUUACGAUGAGGUUCGAUCGCAGAUUUUGACUGCGCUAGAGGAACUUCGAGAUUGCAAGCAAUCAUUCGAAAAAACGCCUCUAAUCUACCAUUUGGAUGUCGCUGCCAUGUAUCCGAAUAUUAUUCUUACAAAUAGACUUCAACCCGAUUCCAUGAUUACUGAGGAGGUUUGUCUCAGAUGCGACUACAAUUUCCCCGGGAAGAAUUGCGACCGUAAACUGACAUGGUCUUGGCGUGGAGAUUUUUUUCCCGCAAAGAAAGAUGAAUACAAUAUGAUUAAGAAUCAGCUUAUGUCUGAAGAAUUUCCUUCGAAGAAUUCAAAAGAGCCACGUUCAUAUUAUCAGUUGUCCUCGGAAGAACAAGCAUCAAUUUUAAAAAGUCGUCUUGGUGAUUAUUGUCAGAAAGCAUAUAAGAGGAAAAAAGUGACCGAAGUGCAACAUAGGGAGUCAACAAUUUGUCAACGUGAAAAUCCAUUUUAUGUGAACACUGUGUUAAGCUUUCGUGAUCGGAGGUAUAAGUACAAGGGUGAUGUCAAGGAUUGGAAAAAGAAAUUACGGGAAGCCAUCAAUGAUGAAGAUCUCGCUAAGAUCGAGGAAGCUGAGAAUAUGAUAGUGAUAUAUGACUCUCUGCAAUUGGCUCAUAAAUGCCUUCUCAACUCUUUCUAUGGUUAUGUCAUGCGAAAAGGUUCCCGGUGGUAUUCAAUGGAAAUGGCUGGUGUUGUAUGCGAAACUGGAUCGAAAAUCAUUCAAAUGGCUAGGCAAUUGGUUGAAAAAAUUGGUAGGCCGCUCGAGCUUGAUACGGAUGGUAUCUGGUGCAUAUUCCCUUCCAAUUUUCCGGAAAAUUUUAAGUUGAACAUGGUAUCAGGAAAAUCUUUUUCGUUAUCCUACCCAUGUACGAUGUUGAAUUACCUGGUACAUUUGAACUUUACCAAUGAUCAAUAUCACACGUUGUCGGAAGAGACGAAUAAGUACGAAUCCAGAACAGAGAAUAGCAUAUUCUUCGAGGUUGAUGGACCUUAUCGUGCCAUGAUAUUGCCUUCGUCGUUGGAAGAAAAUAAGCGCCUUAAGAAACGUUAUGCGGUAUUUGCUCGUGAUGGUAGUCUGCAGGAAUUGAAGGGCUUCGAAGUAAAAAGACGGGGUGAACUUAAACUGCUGAAAAACUUUCAGGAAGUCAUAUUCCAAGUUUUUCUCAAAGGGAAUACAUUAGAAGAAUGCUACGGCGAGGUCGGAAAAGUCGCAAACGCUUUCUUGGAUAUUAUAGAACUAAGGGGGUACACCCUCACUGAAAAAGAGUUGAUAGACUUUUUCAGUGAAAAAAGGAGUAUGUCGCGCUCUUAUGAUGAUUACGGGGAACAAAAGUCCACGUCGAUUACCGCGGCGAAACGUUUGGUUGAACUCUUGGGGGUUGAUUUCAAAGUCAACAAAUUGACUUGCCAUUUUAUUAUUUCAGAGAAACCGCCAGCAUUGGCGGUUAGUGAGCGAGUCAUUCCGAUAGCAGUAUUUUCGUCUCCCGAUCACAUCAAAAAGAAAUUUUUACGAAAAUGGAUCGCCGACCCCAAUAUGGAUGACUUUGACAUACGCAAUAUAUUGGACUGGAACUAUUAUCAUGAACGCAUAGGAAAAACAAUUCAGAAGCUCAUCACGAUUCCGGCUGCGAUUCAGAAUGUCCAGAAUCCUGUCCCAAGACUAAAACAUCCAGAGUGGCUGUGCAAAAAAUUGAUCGAAAAAAAUGAAAAACAACGACAACGUCGGAUCACCGACCUUUUUAAAGAACCUAUUUCAUCUUUGAAUGCCUUAAAGGACGCUUUUGGUGGUUUGGAUCUGAAAAAAAGCAAUUUUCAAACCCAUAAUGCGCUAAAUGAAAACGAAACAACCAUGAUAAUAGAUGACAUCGAAGAUUUCGGAAACUUUAAAGGUGGUCUGUUACGUAUGCCGGUGGUUAAGAGGGCAGUGAAUGAUGCAAAACCAAAAUCCAGCGGUGCUCUCGAUAUGGAAACUUAUAAUAUUCAAAGUGUAGUUCAAGUGCAGCGAUCAGAUUUAAUUGUAACAGAGGAGCCGGUUAAAAAGUUGAAUGGCGAUGACGUCAUUAACGUGGAAAACAACGAUCUAGAAGUUGAACGCGGAAAUUCGACUGAGAUGGAAUUAGUCGCGAAUGAAGUGAUUGAAGAUCCAAUGGCUAUUGACGAACCCUCUCAAGUUUUUGGUGAUAAUGAUGAUCCGACCUUUAAACGCAGGAGGGCCGAUGAUGAUAAACCGGAAGAAUCGGCGAAUUCCAAACGUUAUAAGGUUGGUGAACAAAGCCGCCCUAUUAAAGGUAAAAAAAAACGAAACGCCGAAAAGCAAGCCGUUGAUAAGUGUUUGAUGGAAGCCUUUAUAGACAAAGAAAAUUCAUGGGAAAUCCUUCAGAUAAAUGAGACAGAAACGCCCGGAGAGUUUUUUAUGUGGAUUUUUUCGGGACAAAAGUUUCAGAAGGUUCGUCUUACCGUUCCCCGAAAAUUUUAUAUCAAUUACAAAUCAAAUACCAUCCCAGCAGAAAUCGAAGAAAUGAUUAAUGCCAAAGGGAGCAUCAAUAAAGUUAAUCGUACUCUGCCAAGGUCUCGCGAGCGGUUUAACUUAUUUGAAGUGGUUAUGUUGGAGUACACGUAUCAAAAAAAUUUGAGCUUGCUCCUCAAUAUUUUUAACGAUCCCUUUACCGAAGGUGUUUAUGAGACACAGGUCACUCCCUUGGAUCGUGCGCUAAUCGAAAUCGGAUGUAUCAUCAAUAAACACACCACAAAACCGAAUGUGUUGAAAGUCGCGAUUCGAAAAGGAUUAGAUAUCCGUGAUAUCGAAAGAUCGGAGAAUCCUCUCUUCAAUUUGUACCUUGAAGGAGAAUGGUCGAUUAAUUUUUUGUAUUUAGCUCACAUCAUGCUCGGAGAUUGCCAUGCAUAUGGGUUGUUUUCUACUUUUAGUAACAAGGUUCGCAUUUUUAUUCUGGGUAAAAAGUUUGGGAAUGACAGCUUGAGAACGAAAAAUCUGUCCGGAAGAUAUAGGAGUUUACUGGAGAGCAGGAAGAAUGAGUUUGAAGUUUUUGACGACGUAUUUAGAAUUCAUGACGAGCUCUCAUUCGAAGUAUCGCUUCAUGUCAAAGAUUCAAAAUCAUUUGGAAUUACACUAAACAGAGAAAUCAAGAAAUAUCAACAAGAAAAAUGUGGACCAACUAUCUUGGUUAUACAAUCGCCGUACAGUUUGCAUCAUUUGGUCAACGAGGGGGCAAAGAAUUUGCUAGACUUUCCCAUCAUGAAAAUAAGUUCGACUCAUUCUUCAUUAACAUUUGAUUGGCAAGAACGUGCAUUUGAGAUGAUGAUCAUCAAGUACUUGCAAGUCGGUUCGAUAAUUAGAGACCGAAUUAAAAAGGCCAGAUAUGCACAAUUGCCUUUGUGCAAUAUUUCCGAUGACAGCAGUAUAUUCAUUGCCGAUAUAUUAUUUGCCCGGCGAUUGAUCAAGGGUGACAUUAUUCUUUGGUGGUCCAAGUCAUGCAAACCCGAUUUUGGAGGCCAUGAACAAGAUGAAUACUUACAUCACGUCGACGAAUUAGAUUAUGAAUUUUACUCUAAUAACCCCGGAGUGUACAGAAAUCUGUGCUUUGAAAUUCAACCAAAGAACUUGAUAUUGAAUACGAUAAUUGAAUCUUCAUCAAUCAAUCAAAUUGAGGGUUCCGCGCAAAUUUUCGGGGAUGAGAUGUCACCUUCCACCUUUUCCGCUUUGAAGUCAAUGAUUAAAGAUUGGCAGGCCGAAAGACAUCAGGCCCAAAACGAAUUUGCUAAUGUGCUAAUUCAUAAUUUGGAAUCUUGGCUGAGAACGAGCCAAUCAAAGUUUUAUGAUCGAUAUAUAUACGGAACGGUUCGACUUUUGAUGAAAAAAGUGAUCAUGCAGCUCAUGGCCGAGAUUAAUAAUCUCGGAGAUAAAAUAGUCUAUAGCAAUUUUUAUAGAAUUAUUGUAGCUUCAUCGAAGAAGCAUCCGGACUUGGCUACAACAUAUCGUGACUCCCUUAAGUCAUAUAUUCAACAAAAGCCAGUCUUUAAAUCCUUGGAGUUGGAAUUCAAGAACACAUGGGAAAAUCUUCUUUGGAUGAGUCCAAAUAAUUACAGUGGUACAUUGUUAAACCAUCCCAGUUAUUCAACCAAGAAAUGGGAAAUUAAGGAAUUACUUCCUAAGCAAUUACAUGAAAAUUUUAACUAUCUGAUCGACAAAAUUUUUAGCCUGAUCAAGGCACCUAUUCAUUCGGAAGUGAUAAGACAGGAAUUAAAGAGAGAUACGAUCAAAGAAGUAGACAACGCUCAAGAAAAUUAUAAGGAAGGCCUAAACUUUACGGUCUUGAUCUGUGAAGUUUUGGAAAUUUUGUGGGGUAAGGAAGAAGCGAUGAAGGUCAAGAGAAAUUGUUGUGAUCUCUUGAAAUCCAGUGCGUACGUGGAUAAUGCAGACUUGAUGCCUGGUGACAACUUGAGAAUUGGAAACAUAGAAUGCAAAGAUUGCGGAUGCGUUCAAGCUAUUGACAUCAUACACCUAAGUUGUAUCAAUUGCGAAACCGAAUUAAAUCUAGAACGAAUAGAAUUCGCACUUUUAGAAUAUGUCAACGAUCAAGUCGAAAAAUUCCACGGGCAGGACCUUCAAUGUUCUAAAUGCAAACGUUCUAAGCUGGGACAUAUGUCUCAGGAAUGUAAUUGUGGUGGAGAGUAUCAGCUUACAUCUAGGACAGAGGAGCUCGUAAAAUUGAUUGCGCGCAUUGAGAAUUUUGUAAAGGAAAAGGAAAUGAAACUAUUGACGGAGACAUGCGAAUGGCUGUUGAACAAUUGA